UCCAGUAACUUGUCCAAAAGUGCUGUGUUUUUGAGUGAGUGGAUGUAUGUAUGCUGCCGAAGCAACUAGAAAAAGAGCAAUUGAAUGAGGUAGCUAGACCUACCGCGCAAUAGUUCUGACUUGGAAUGGUUCCAUUUGACCGAAAAUGUUUUCAGAUUGUCAGCCAAUGAAUCGAGACAACUUUUUAUAGCUUCGGGGGUGAUAAAGUAUCCCGAAAGUGGAUUGUUUCCCGUAAAUGGAAGAGAGUCAGCGAGGACAAGUCAAAUCAGGACAAUCAACAAUGGAGCACUUUACGGUUUAAAAACAAUCCCUCAAGGGAUUGUCAAGUGCAGCAGACACCUCGACAAGGGAAGGCUUAUCGGGCUCAAAAAUUAUAUCUACAGCGUUAUAUUUCACAAAACAUACACCUUGAUGGUAGUGGUGUCUUACCUGUCUAUCCAUUUUGAGGAUGCUUCUCUAAUAUGGUCGAACACAAUACAUAGCCUUUUUAUGGGUGUCACGUAAACUAAUAUAGCGAAGCGAACAAGUAUAAUUUCGACUCAGCAAAACAAUUUCAAUUUUCAUUGGACCUCGUCAUGAAUGUUAAGUUGAUUGAAGAUGCACAAGGUUGUGCAACUGUAACUGUUCCUAUUCCGGUUGACUGUCAGUCGAGGGAUGAUGAGAAGAAAGUGUUUGAUGGUAACAGCCAGUCUACAGUGUCGUGUGAUGACGAUGCUAUUGAUGAGCAUAUAUCUUGUGUCUCUGAAACAGAACAUGAAGAACAACAAUGAUAUGAGUUAUACAGCAAUGGAAGAGUUCCACUCUACGGAUGCUAAUGCAGACCGAAUCGACGCGACUUGUCUGGCAGAACGGAAUCAUGAUGACGUUGAUAAUAAUCUGGAUGUCACUGAUGUGACAAAUGAGUUACCGACGAUGACGAAUGCUGAUCAAACCUCCUCUGUAUCAGGAGAUGGAGAGAUAAAUAUUGAUCCCACGUCAUGCUACUUAAAGUCUUCUGGAGACGAUGAAAUGUCAAAAUUGGAGAUCCCACCCUUGCAUAUUAUCUAUGAGUCAAGAAUUCCUGUUGAUAAGUUAGCAUCACGGACUUCAUUGUAUCUGCUGAUCGGAGCAAGUGGUGGUGGAUUAGCGACUCGUCCCCAUGAUAGGGAAUGUAGUUCCCGGAUAGGAUAUGACCAGUUUUACGACGUGUUGUACAUGUUCGUGUGGGUUAAUUGGGUAAGGUUUAUACUACCGUUAGGUGAUGCCACGAUAGAUAGGGGAAUCAAGGGCCUGAUGGGAAAGUAUAGGUACCUAGUUAGCACGAUAGGUCAUAUCCAUGUUGGAUGGCGGGUAGGCGUACUGCUGUAAGUCCUACACGUUCUUCCGGUGUGGAUUAGGGGAUAACUGGGAACCGUAAAUAGAAGUGUCAUUAACGCUUGCUUUUUGCAUGGAGGGAUUUUGCGGGCCGGUGUAGAAUCCUUUUUGAAUGUUUUGUGUUUUGGAAAAUCCCUCCAUGUUUACAUACCUUUGUUAUGACAUGACGGACUUUUUCUGUUGACAUUUUUGGUAUUUUAUUUGAUUCCAAUUUGAGAUUUUA